AUGGAUGAUGAUGCACCAAUUAAUAAGAAGCUACCAAAAGAACUUUUACUCAGAAUAUUUUCUUAUUUGGAUGUUGUGUCCCUUUGCAGAUGCGCUCAAGUGUCUAAAGCUUGGAAUGUUUUGGCUUUAGACGGAAGCAAUUGGCAAAGAAUAGAUUUAUUUGAUUUCCAAAGAGAUGUUGAGGGUUCAGUCAUUGAAAAUAUUUCUCGUAGAUGUUGUGGAUUUUUGAGACAGUUAAGCUUAAGAGGUUGUCAGUCAAUAGGAGAUUCUAGUAUUAAAACUUUUGCUCAGUUAUGCAACAAUGUGGAAGAUUUAAACUUAAAUGGAUGCAAAAAUAUUACCGAUAGUUCAUGUCAAUCAAUUAGUAAAUAUUGUUUAAAACUACAAAAAUUAGAUUUAGGGUCUUGUCCUGCAAUUACAGAUAAUUCACUUAAGUAUUUAUCAGAUGGUUGUUCUAAUUUAACUCAUAUUAAUAUUAGGGUGGAAGCAUUGUCUAGAGGAUGUCCAAAGUUAAAAUCUUUUAUAUCAAAAGGGUGCAUAUUAAUAAAUAACAAAGCCGUUAGCUGUUUAGCAAAAUAUUGUUCUGGUCUUGAAGUAGUCAAUCUUUUCGGUUGUUCUAAUAUUCAAGAUGAGGCUGUACAGCAUUUAGCAGAAAAUUGUCCUAAACUUCAUUAUUUAUGCUUGACAAAUUGUAGCCAUUUGACGGAUAAUAGUCUACUUAUGUUGGCACAUUUAUGUCCAAACUUAUCAACUUUAGAAGUUGCCGGUUGCUCUCAAUUUACAGAUACAGGAUUUCAAGCUCUUGCCAGAAGUUGUAGAUUUCUGGAGAAAAUGGAUUUGGAAGAAUGCGCGCUAAUUACGGAUGCAACAUUAAUACAUUUGGCAAUGGGAUGUCCCAGACUUGAAAAACUUAGUUUAUCACAUUGCGAGCUUAUCACAGAUGAAGGUAUCAGACACUUGGGAAUGUCUCCCUGUGCUGCGGAAAAUUUAACGGUUUUAGAAUUGGACAAUUGCCCUCUAAUUACGGAUGCCAGUUUAGAACAUCUUAUUUCAUGCCACAAUUUACAAAGAAUCGAAUUGUAUGAUUGCCAGCUAAUCACCAGAGUUGGUAUUCGGAGAUUAAGGAGUCACUUACCGGGAAUAAUGGUACAUGCGUAUUUUGCACCAGUAACUCCUCCGCCUGCAAAUAAUGCAGCUAGACACGGAUAUUGUCGGUGUUGUGUCAUACUUUGA